AUGUCCUCCGCUCGCAGAGCCGCAUCCCAGCUCCUGGCUACCCGCUCCGUCCAUCUGCGCAUCCAGCCGCGUCCCGCCAACCUUUCCGAGAGUCGAGAGAUCUACAAAGUGCUGCAGCAGUUUGGGGAGAUUAGUACCUACAAGUCGCUUCGCUAUGAAUACCACAACCCAGCCGCCAACAGCGCCCUAGCCAUCUUCAGCACCGCCGAAGCCGCCCAACGAGCCCUCGACGCCUCGCCCAUCCGCUUCGCCCUCGAGAAAGUCGUGCCCGACCACUUCUCGACCGGCGCUCUCGAGGGCGCAAAGCUCGGCGACGAAGAUAUAGACUCGGAGACGCAGACCCCGCCGCCAUCGCAACAGCCAGUCAAGGACGGCAUCGACGACAUGUUGGAAGCGAGUCCACUGCUUACUCCGCCACUGCCGGACGACAACAAUACCACCACUUCCUCUACAUCAUCAUCAUCAUCAUCACCAACGAUAUCAAAGAAAAAAGAAGCACCCCUCCCCUUCGAAUCCGAACUCCAACAAAAGGGCAAGCUGCAAACAAAAUGGUUCCAAGUCACCAUCGACCGCUCCCGCGUCAUCCACCAAGACUACGUCGAGCGCCAGCCCUACUGGAAAGACUUCAGCCCGAUGAAGUCGCUCGCGCAGGAGGAUCUGGCCAAGACGGUGCCGCUUAUUGGACUAAGCGAUGUUUCGAAGCGGCCGCCGCAUGCGCAUAGGACGCCGAAUAGGGUGCUGAAGACGUUGGCCGAGUACGUGGAGAAUCAUAUGCCGACGCUCAAGGUGUUGUGGGAGGAGGCGGAGGCGGAGAGGAGGGAGAGGGGGAAGGGGUCGAGGGGGUGA